AUGGAGUCUUUGCGUGCCGAAGUGUUGGCCCAAAGGCAGCUGAUCAAGGAGCAACAGGAGCGCUUCGAGACGUUGGCGUCCCCUCGCAGGCUUCAAACAGCAGGUUUGCUGACGACAGCUACAUUUGAUGCUGAGGUCGCAGCGCUGAAGAACACGCAGUACAGCAUGGGCGGUGCAAUGGACUCCGCUUGGCUGUGCCUCUGCGGUGCUCUCGUCAUGUUUAUGCAUGCUGGCUUCGCAAUGUUGGAGACCGGCAGCUGCCGCGCAAAGAACGCAUCCAACGUUUUGAUGAAGAACUUGGUCAAUGUUACGGUGGGCACAUUGGGCUGGUGGAUCUUUGGCUGGGCUUUUGCCUAUGGCAGCCAGGGCACACCUGCUAACGGCUUCAUCGGGACGGACGGCUUCUUCGGCAUGGGGUUCUACACCAUUGAUGGUACCACUGGUGUCAUCUCGCCGCUGGCAUCGUGUGAUGCAGACGGAUGCCAGAGCACCAUGCUGAGCUGGUUCUUCCAGUGGGCCUUCUGUACGGCCGGCGCGACCAUCGUGAGUGGUGGCGUGGCGGAGCGUGUGAAGAGCCCCACUUACGCGGUGUAUGCCUUCUGCAUGACCAGCUUCAUUUACCCGGUUGUGGUCGCAUGGACGUGGGGUUACGGCUGGUUGGACUCAGUGCUGGACGUGGGUUCUCGCAAGGGCAAGCGCCAACGAGGACGUGCAAUUUCUGAGUUUGCUUCUGAUGGCGAGCUCGUAGGUGAUGCAGCGGAGGAUGCGCCAGAGGUGCCGGCACAGGCCCCGGGAGCUGAUCAUAGGGUGGUUGGCCUUGGGCAAAUCGCCAAUGUCAGUGUGGCUGCUGUCCUGAGAGCCCUCGCCUCGGUUCAUUGUCGCACUACUUUCAGCGCCAUGUUGAGGUGGCUGCAGGAACAUGAUGUGCGCACUUGCCAUGUGCCAGAGAUGCGCCAAAAGUUCGGCACUCUCCAGCAGAGGGUAGGUGGCCUGGGUGCUGCUUUUCGCAUUUACCAAUGGCUGCACGGUCAGGAUUGCAAAGGGCAUCGCAUUGUCCGCAUCCCCAAGGACAAACCGCACAAGCCCAUCUGGGGCUGCGCUCAAUGCGGCCGGUUAUGGGCCCGACUCAGGUCCCUUGUCAUUGACGUGCAGGCGGGAUUGCUUGACGCGUGCGAGGGCACAGAUGCUCGUGAAUCAUGGCUUCGAGGACGUUCGUUUAAGUUGAUAUGGGCCAAGCUGUCCACCGACAACCGAAAGCAUAUGGUCAACAGUAUCAAUCUUUCGAGAGCUGAGCAGAAAAUGCUUGCAUUGGGAGCCGAUGCGCUUCGCAAGGCACGAGGCCCCACUGAGGUCAGGCACACCAUGGCAAGCAGGCGUCAUGGCCAGCUGCGAGCCUUGGCAAAUGUUCCGAUUGUGCGCGGUGCUGCCCAGCAUCGGCGUGACAUGGAGGCCCCCGUUAGUGACGGGGCAGAUGCCGUUCAGCCUGCCGCCUCCCACCGAGAAGGGCAAUGCAGGCAUUGUGGUGCCAAGUUCCAGGCUCCCUCAGCUAAAGUGCUCAGCCGCCGCCUCUCUCAGCAUCGGCAAGAAAAGCAUCCUGAGCUCUGUGAUUCAAAGCCAACAUGGUAUCGGCGCAAGAGCAAGUUCUACUGGCCAUGCACGGUGUGUGGCGCUAAGAUCGUCAGUGACACUCUGAAGCAGCUGCCGGAUGCCAGGAACCGUCACAUCCAAGGCGAGCAUCCGCACGUUCCUAGGUGGGAGUUUCGCACCCUGCAGGGCCGGUGGGGCCACCACCAUCAGGUCUCCUCUCGGUCGGGUUGCAAUCGCAAGUUGAAGCAGGUCUUGGAUAUCCAAAAGCAACAGCUACUUGAAGACGGCGAUGUGGAAGCCCAACCGGGACCUUCCCCCUCCUCAUCACAAAAAGCCUGCUCCAUGCAGAUUUGGACCAUGAAUGUUGGGGGCAUGGGCAACACCUACGAUUGCCUUCAUUGUGUCUUUCAUGACAGGCCCCAUGCCGCCCUGUUGCAGGAAGUCAGAGCCAAACCGUGCGAGGUCGAGCAGUUGAAGCGCUUCCUGAGGCACCACGGCUACAAAGGCUGGUGCCAGGAUGGAUGGAUUGACAAACUUGGCCGAUCAUGGGGGGUGUUCUCACCGCUGUCCGUGAUGAUGUGCGGGCCACGCUGUGUGAUUUCGAAUGUGUGGCAACGACCACACGAGAUCGCGGAUGGGGGCAUGCUCUCGCAUCUUUAUGAACACAUGGCCAUGGCGAGUUCUCUUGAUGCUGCUUGGAUCGCUGGGGGCGAUUGGAACUUGACCCCUGCUGAAAAUCACCUUUCCGACUUUGGAACCAUUCUUGCUGCCCAGGAGGAAGGGGCUUACGCCCCCACCCGAUGGGCUGGAAGGCGUGCCAUCGACUACUUCAUCCAUCAUGAUACGCGACGGUGGGAGCCUGCGGCGAGCACGGCACAGCUCCUUCCUUACAGGGUUAGUGACCAUAAGGGUGUCUCCUUGCUUUACGAGCUGCCCUUAUUUGUCUCCAUUGGCGCCUGCAUGAACCCCACUUGUGAUUAUAGCAGGCCCUCGGAAGUGGAUGCCGAACGAUGGAGGGCUGCUCUUUCCACUGCAUGGACCUCUGUUCAAGUUCCUGAUCCAAAGACGCCGGAGGAGGAGUGGGAUUGGUUCAAUGCCACGGCUGAGCGAUGCUGUCAGCAGGCGUUCCAGGCCUGCGGUUUGCAGCCUCCUGGUUCAGGGUUCCGGGCCAAAGGCUCCCCGCCUGCGUUUACGCAGGGCCCGGCCAAGACAGCUCGCGAAAAGCCUCACACUUUCCGGCAGCGCAAGCUCGCAAAGUGGAUUGGCCGGCUGAGGGAACACCUUCGCCAGAAGGAAAGGGAUCGAUCUGAUGCGCGAUUGUGGGACACCUUGAAGCGUACUUGGCCUCCUACUUUGCCCGAGCAGCCCGAUCUAUAUGUUGCCCUGAUCGAGGCCGAAGCGCUGCUCGCCGAGGCUAAAAGAUGUGGCAGGAGCCAGGGCCUUAAGGACUGGAAAGAAGCCAUGGCGAAAGAGGGAAAAGAGUGUACUAGGUGGUUGCGACAGAACAAUGCCAAGAUUGCCGUUAACUUGAAAACUGACAGCGGCAUUGCAUCUUCCAUCGAUGAUAUCCUUGCUGCGAUCCGCGAUUCGUGGCGGGAUAUAUGGCGCAGGAAUGCCGACUGCCCAGAGCUCCAAGCUCUUCAGAACGGCGACAGGAGCAUCGUUAACGCCCACUCGUGGCGCCUGGAGGCUCAACAGCUGAUGGAGGCGGCUAGACAAAAGUCUGGUGGCGCUGAGGGAAUUGACGGUUGGUCGGGACGUGAGGUCGCUGACUGGUAUCGCCAGGUGUUUAUCACCAAAAGCGAUACUGCGAACGACGAGGCACCCACGCCGAUUGAGCUGCGUCCCCUCGCCAUCCAGUCUGUGCUCAGCCGCGUCAUCGCUUCGGCUAUGGUGCGACACCCUCAGGCGAGGGCAUGGAUCCAACGCCUGGUGCCCUUCGACGCGCAUGGAGCCGUACCCGGCAGAUCUGUUGCUGCCGCGGUUACGCAACUGAUGGAUUGCUGGGCGGAAUCCGCCAAGACUUACGCGGUGUCUCUCGAUUUGCGCAAAGGGUUCGACUUUUUGUCUCCGCAGCUGGCGACUCACACGCUGCGGCGACAUGGCUUCCCUGAACAAUGGCUCCGGCAUUACAGAUGGGCGUGGCACGAGCAAGAACGCUAUCUGCAGUUUGGCCGUUAUUCCAGUGCCGAGCCCGAGGUCAUCACUACCAGCACCCCUCAGGGGGAUGCAAUGAGCCCGUGGGCAUUCGUGCUUGCGUUGAAGGAGGCGACUGAAUCAUUCCAUGAUUUGCCGUUGCAGGAAAAAAGCACUCAGGCCCUUUUCGUCGACGACAGACAGGCCUUUGUCCACGCUUCGGCGGACGUCCUCGCGGUGACUAACCAUUGGAAGAGAUGGUGUCACCAAUUGGGCCUCCAAGAAAAUGACGGGAAACAGAAGUUUGUUGCCAAUCGCUGUGUUCACGAAGAGGAGCUGCGCGCGAUUGUCCCCUUGGAUAUGAUAGUCCCGCAGGUGCGCAUUCUUGGUGUUGAUUUCGUACAGCAGGACCGUGGCCAGACGAUCACUGCUGACGACAGAGAAGCCCAGGGUCUUGCCAUUUUGGCUAGAGCAUCCAUGCUCCCUUUAGCUCCGGGUCGCAGGGCACAUUUGGCCCGGACGCGAGCUCUGACACGGAUCAGGUGGGGUCGAUGGGCGGCCCCCAUCACUUCUCGCGUGAGUCAGCGCAUCGGCACUAGAAUCAAGAAAACUGUUGCUGCAGCCCACAGUGGAUCGAGGGAUCUGUGGGAGCUUUUGCAGGGCCACUGGACCUCCUGUUGGCUCACUCAGCUUUGUGACAACAUCGCUACGUGGGUGAGAGCUGCGGCUUACUGGCAUGCUCAUCACUUCGUUUUUCGCGGUGAAGUUUUGUUUUCACACAUCAAGGAAGCGCUGUACAGAUUGGGAUACCAAUUUGCUGCUGAUGGUGGUUUUAGACAUCCGUCCUUGACUGACAUCCCCUGGCCCUGGCUUCCUCGCCAUGGUGGUGUUAAGCAAUGGAUCGAAAGAACGCUCCACAAGGUGCGUGAGGCCUGGCGUGUACAGCGUUUUGAGGCCUUUCUUGAACGCAAUCGCCGUGACAGCUCUGCUCUCCGAGGGUUUGUUCAGUACGAGGAGGGCAUUGCCAAGAGGGCGAGGUUUUGUUAUGCUCAUAGUUCCCAGACGGUGCGGGCAUGCAUGCUUGGGGCUGCUUACAGCUCUGCUUGCUACGAGAUCAUGCGUGAUGAAUCCCUGAGUCAGACCUGCCGCUUUUGCGGCUGUGGUGAGCCUCCGAGCUUGGAGCACUUGGUUGUGCUGGCCUUGGAGUGGGUCUUCACAGCAGCAGUGGGAUGGCUUCCAACGAGCGGACCUGUGAUUCCCUUCGGGGGAGGUGCUUUGUCCCUGAGGCGCUGCACCUUUGAAAGUCAACUCCAGUGGGCCUUCUGUGCGGCCGGCGCGACCAUUGUGAGUGGUGGCGUGGCGGAGCGUGUGAAGAGCCCCACUUACGCGGUGUAUGCCUUCUGCAUGACCAGCUUCAUUUCCUGCCCGUGGGCGACCUCCUCGUGGUGGCAGGGGUCCAACGAAUGCCUACAGCGCGACGAGCUCGACAACAGGACGGUUGGGUCCGAGAUGGAGGCCUUCGCAGUGCCUUCCAUUUCGCUAUGGGGGAAGAUGCGCGGAUCUGCGGAAAUGAGGUGCACAAGCCCCUUUGCUUGGCACUUUGUGGCCGCGGUCAAGCAUGAUGACGGAGAUUUCCCGGGGGAUCUAGAUGGCGGCCCUCUUUGCUGGUCAUUGUGGUUCACUGGAGUGUGGGAAUUGUGGGGCGGUGGCCUUCUUUGCUUUCCGCUUCAUUGUCUUGGUGGAUGUACUGGACGCGGAUAUGGGGUGCUAGCUUUCUUCGCUGUCGGCGAGCUCUCUCUUGUAGACUUGCUCGUCUACUUGGACAUGCCCCUUCGUGGGGCUUUUUCGGUGUCUGCCGCGGAAGCUGCUUACACAACAAAACCUUUGACCAGCUUCAUUUACCCGGUUGUGGUCGCAUGGACGUGGGGUUACGGCUGGUUGGACUCAGUGCUGGACGUGGGCUACAUGGAUUUCGCGGGCAGCGCCAUUGUGCAUUUGACGGGUGGCGUGAGCGCUCUGGCAGGCACUGUCGUGCUCGGCCCGCGCAAGGGUCGCUUCGAGAACCCGGAGGAGUUCGAGUGCCACAACUUGCCCCUGGUGGUGCUGGGCACCUUUGCACUCUGGUUCGGAUGGUAUGGCUUCAACCCGGGCUCCACGCUGGGCAUGCACACCGGAGACACAGGCGCGAUGGCAGCACAAGUGGCCAUGAACACAACCCUGUCUGCUGCAACCGGCGGCAUCACGGUCUUCAUUCUGCGGUAUGCCAUCAUGAGGAAGUACGAUGUGGGUGGUCUUUGCAAUGGUAUCCUGGCAGGCCUCGUGUCCAUCACUGCGGGAUGUGGCAACGUGGAGUGCGGCAGCGCCUUCGCCAUCGGCUUGAUUGGUGCCUUCGUGUACCAAGGCUCGUCCAUGCUCCUGCAGAAGCUGAAGAUCGACGACCCCGUGGAUGCCAGCCCAGUACACGGCUUCUGCGGCAUCUGGGGUGCGCUGGCAGCCGGACUCUUUGACUGGGGCAAGGGCGUUGACCACUACCAUGGCUGGUCAGGCUUUGGUUGCAAGCCAGUGAGCGACACCGACUCGUCGUGCAUGACCGGCAUCGGUGGCACCGCCAUUGCCGCACAGCUCAUCAUGGUCCUCGUGAUCAUCGGUUGGGCUGGAGCACUGUCGGGUUUGGCUUUCUUCGCCCUGAAGAUGACCGGACUGCUGCGCAUCGACGAGUACACGGAAGAAGUGGGCAUGGACGUCAAGCAGCACUCGCCUCCGAAAGCUUACGCAAUCGGGGCUCCCGCGGCCUCCAACUCGCCCGGCGGGCCCAGUGUGUGA